UAUGACAGAUUUGUAUCAAAAUGGUUAAUAUCGAUGCUCGUAUAUAGCACAUCAAUCAUAAAUGUGCCAAGGACUGGUACCUACAACAGAGAUGAGCUCUUCUUCUUUGUUAGUUCUUUCCCGAGCUAUUUAAGCAGGGCUUCGAGACGCUACUUGUGAGGAGGAGGACAUCUGCAGAAGAAAGUAUCUCCGGUGGUGAUGGCGGGUCGGGGACGACAGCCGGCAGCGGCUUCUUUUCAGCUGCCGCCGGUGACUGCACUUCUGUUUCUGUGGGUCUUUAGCUGGGGGCACGUGGAGGCCAGUAUUGAUGUUGCUAACAUGACUGCACUCCAAAAACAUGUCGCUUUCUUCGACCGGAACAUGGAUGGCAUCAUUACUGCUUCAGAGAUAUUUGAAGGAUAUGUUGCAAUUGGAUGUGAUAUUGCAUUUGCCAGAGCUACAGCCUCCUCUAUUAGUGCUGGUGUUGGUCCUAAAACAAGUCCGGUUGAUGCACCACUGCCUCACUUAUCAAUAUACAUAGAGUAUAUCCAUAAAGCGAUGCAUGGAAGUGACACAGGCGCAUACGAUGCUAAAGGAAGGUUUGUUCCCGAGAAGUUUGAAGAAAUAUUCACGAAGCAUGCAAAGAUUAGACCAGAUGCGCUAACAUCCACAGAGAUUGAGGAGAUGAUUCUAGCAAAUCGAGAUCCCUUUGACCCUCAAUCAUGGGCAGCACCUGAAAAAGAAUGGGGUCUAAUAUACAAGCUUGCAAGUGACACACAUGGAUUUCUUCACAAGGACAGUGUGAGAGGUAUAUACGAUGGAAGUGUAUUUUUCAAGUUGGAGGAACAUAGGACUUCUUCUCGGAGUGACAUGUGAUGGAGUUCAACAUUCAGAUGCCAUGCAAUGUAUAACAUUAUAUGAAAGCAGUUGGGAAAUAUCACCACAAAAUAUAUACUAUGCGAUCAUUGGAGUGUGCUUGACUAGAAACAGUAGAUUGUUGUAAUGUUAUUUAUGAAAAACUUUCCGCUUCCAACUUCACAUUGCACACGCAAUGGCUAUUGUACCACAUAAUAACAAUGAAACUUAUUUUGGAAGCGCCAGCUAUUAGCUCUAGUAUUCACUACAGAAAGAUAUGGGCGCCUAAAUCAGUCCCAGGACUCACCUGGGCACGGAUAUUAAACAUU